UGAGGAGAUUUAUGAACUCUGAAAUAGUGGCCUCCUUCCAGUCUGUUUCUGGGAUAUUAGUUUCUAUGACAACGACAGUGAGAAUUGUCAGCAAGUAGAUGACUCACAACAGACAAACAAAACGCGAAGAGCUGUUAAAUGACCAACAUUAAUUCACACAGAGCUGGCAUAUUUUACAGAAGGACAACUGAACAGAUCUGUUCAGCAAAAAAUGAGUUAAAUCUGACGUACACGGCAUCACUGCUUUGUGAACGUCGCGUGGUAUUUGACCCGGACGCGCGUCAGACGCUUUGAUUUAGCGACGCUUUGAUGAUGAUGACGCGGGCCGCGGCGUGAUUCCCGAGUCCCCGGCAGCUUAUUUGGGAAGCAACCGGGUUUCGGUGCGGUUGGCUGAAAUCAGCAGCCCACGCGGCUGUCAUUACAUCACCUCCCGGGCUAAAGCGUUACGGUUUAUUAUUUACUAGGAACGAACGCGAUUGACCGAAGCGCAUUUUAAAGGCCUGACACAAAAAUGUCCGUAGGCUCCGGGUUUAACGGAAUCACGGGUGUUUUAACGAGAGGAUAAAGAGUAGAAGGGAAGAAGGCGCGUGACUGUCUCGCGCUCAUUGUGCUUUCGUUGAUGAUGUGAGGCGGGAUGCCAUGGCAGCGGCGGAUGUAGCAGCUAACGGUCCGGAGCCGCCCGGUCCCACGGCGUUUCCCUACGAGGAGUACGAGUGUAAAAUCUGCUACAACUAUUUUGACCUCGACCGUCGGGCGCCCAAAAUCUUGGAGUGCCUGCACACCUUCUGCGAGGAGUGCCUGCACGCGCUGCACUUGCGCGAGGAGCGGCCGUGGCGCAUCAGCUGCCCCGUUUGCCGCCACCGGACGCCAGUGCCCGACUAUCGGAUACAGAACCUGCCCAACAACACCAAGGUCACAGAGGACUUCCCUCUCUAUAUCGACUCGGACCCUUUGCCCCAAGAUGCACUACCGCCCCACCCGCCUCCCCUGCACCCGGCGCUCGUCGCGCUCCGACGCGAAGACGAUGCGUCUAGAGCGUCCGUCGCGGGUCAAGCGACGUCGUCCACCACGACGGUGUCCACCGCGACAACGCUCUCUCAAGAAUCCAUUUCGCGCUAUGAAAGCUGCCACAACUGCAGGCGGCUCGCGCUGACCACCGGAUGCGUGUGCGUCAUCUUCUCCUUCCUAUCCAUGCUCGUGCUCUUAUUCAUGGGCCUGAUCUUCGUGCACAGCCACGGCGGACCGCCCUCGCCCGCGGGACCGCUCUGCCUGUCUGUCGCGAGCAUCCUGGCUAUGGUCUCCGUGGUGGUUACGUGGCUCCUCUGCUGGCUCAAAUACAGACCGGAGCACGAGUCUGGCCGCGCAUCGGCCACUGCUAACGCGAGCAGGAGAAACGCGUGACACAAAUAGUUAUUGUUCACCUGUGUGUUACGGUAGUGAUAUGGGUUUAUCAAUGGCUGAUCCCAACAUCGAUGUCUAGACAGCUGUACAGUGCAGAUAAACAAUGGCUCCAAAAAGAAUCAGAUAACAAGAAUUUGUAUUACAUUUGGAUAAAAUCAAUGCAAGCAUUUCUUUAGAAGAAGGCACUUUACAGGCAAAAUAGUGCACAAUUAAAGAAGUGCUUUAGAUUUCAAAUACUAAAACAUAGGCUGAAGGAAACGAUAUUAGACAUUUUGUUAAAUUUAAGUCGAUCAUAUCCAUAGUUAAUGUGGUACUCUGCUAAGCAACUUGUGUGAAUUUAAGAGGAACUUAGUCGAUAAAUUCUUACAUUUUACGGUUCAGAUAUUUUGGGGACCACUGUAUUGACAAGGUUUGAAAGUGUGGGACCACAAGUGCUCCUAAUGCCUUUCUUUUACAUAAUUUUUCUUUACGAAUCAUAUUAUCAGUUACAAAGUUUAUUUAUUUAUAUUAUUUAUCUGCUUUAAUGAUAGCAUGUGCUUUACAAAUCUUAAGUUUAUAUCAUUGCCUUUCUAUUCCAUAAUAUUGUCUCGCUAAGACAAAUCACUGUUGUUUUCCUCACUUUGUAAGUCACUUUUCGUCUGCUAAAUUUAAUGUCAGAAAAAAGGUCCAAAAAUGGUCUCUAUCCAAGUAGGCAUAUGACCGACCUUCAACGUUGAAAUUUGGUUGAAAUAAGGUCAGUUGUUUGUUCAAUGUUGAAACAACGUUGAAAUAACGGUGAAACAACGGUGAAUGAUAAACGGUUGCUAAAGGUUAAUUAAAGGCUUAAAAUCAACGUUGAAAUUUGAUUGAAAUAAGGUCAUAUGUUUGUUCAAUGUUGAAACAACGUUGAAAUAACGGUGAAACAACGGUGAAUGAUAAACGGUUGCUAAAGGUUAAUUAAAGGCUUAAAAUCAACGUUGAAAUUUGAUUGAAAUAAGGUCAGUUGUUUGUUCAACGUUGAAACAACGUUGAAACAACGGUGAAUGAUAAACGGUUGCUAAAGGUUAAUUAAAGGCUUAAAAUCAACGUUGAAAUUUGAUUGAAAUAAGGUCAGUUUGUUCAAUGUUGAAACAACGUUGAAAUAACGGUGAAACAACGGUGAAUGAUAAACGGUUGCUAAAGGUUAAUUAAAGGCUUAAAAUCAACAUUGAAAUUUGAUUGAAAUAAGGUCAGUUGUUUGUUCAAUGUUGAAACAACUUUGAAACAACGUUGAAACAAGGGUGAAUGGUAAACGGUUGCUAAAGAUUAAUUAAAGGCUUAAAAUCAACGUUGAAAUUUGAUUGAAAUAAGGUCAGUUUGUUCAAUGUUGAAACAACGUUGAAAUAACGGUGAAACAACGGUGAAUUAUAAACGGUUGCUAAAGGUUAAUUAAAGGCUUAAAAUCAACGUUGAAAUUUGAUUGAAAUAAGGUCAGUUGUUUGUUCAAUGUUGAAACAACGUUGAAAUAACGGGGAAUGGUAAACGGUUGCAGAAGGUUAAUAAAAUGCUUAAAAUCAACGUUGAAAUUUGAUUGAAAUUAUGUCAGUUGUUGUUCAACGUUGAAUAAAUGUGCAAAAUCAAAAGGUAAUUCAACGUUGAUUCAACCAUGUCCUUGACGUUGAUUCAACGGUGAAUCAACGUCACUGGGGUGGCAUCUUUUAAAAUCACACCUUUGCACAUAUAAAGAGUAUAUUAUUAGUACCUCAAAGGAACAUAUUGGUACCAAAUGUAUACAUGUACCUAAAUUGUACAUUUUAGGACCUUUUAAAAGGGUAGCCUGCCCCAGUGACAGAUUGGGACCAUUUUUUGACCAUUUUUUCUGACAAUGUAUUCAAUAUACGUAAAUGUUUACGCAGACCCUGUUAUUCCAUGUAAUGCUUUAAGGAUCUUUAGCUGAAACAAUGAAGUAUACCUAAAGGAUAACAUUGUGAAUUUCACAUGUUUCUCAUUUUAUAGUAAUCUAGUGCACAUAAAAUGAUUCGUUUAUAGCCUAACUGUUCUGUUUCUAGCUUUAAAUGAAAGAAAAACAAGGUUUUUAUGUGUGGUCUCAGACUUUAGGAAGCAAUUUGCAAAUGAGGCUUAUGCAAAAUUCUUUAAUCUAAAUGAAAGUUACAAAGCAGGCAUGUUUUGAGGCUGAUAAUCUCCAAAUAAAGGCCAAAAAAUGGCUAAUGAAUCAGUCUGCCACCUCACGCUGUAUUACAUGCCAUUCGGCCUAUAAAGGCACCUUUGUUCAUAUGGAGCAAUAGCUUUACUAUGAAAUGGUUAUUUUAUACGGCCUCCUUUGUUCUCCGCUUCACCUAUGCAUCUGUCACGGUGAAACCGUGUCAUCUGACAAUCUCUAUUUGCUGUCGUAUUUGUGUGCUUUUAAUGUGCAUUGCACGAUAGUGCUCAUUUUAUCUUUGAUCAUUUUUUGUACGACACAAACACAUGAAGCACUCUAGCCAUGUACCUAGUUUAGAAAAAACAACCUGCAUGAUGAAAACUAGAUAUUAUGUUGGUAAAGAUGGGAGACCGUCCUUGCCUGACAGCCAAUUCACUCAGUACGUGCUGUUUUUCAUCGAGCAGUGACUAAUCUGGUAUUAUGGGUAUUUCAUAUGCUGAUCUGUCAAGUGCCCGUGAAACUGGAAACAGUGUUGGUGGAGAGCUCCACAGAUACUGAAACAGAUCUCUGUGUAAGAUUUAUUAGGAAGGAAUUGCACAGAGGUGAAGCAAGGAGAAAUGUGAUACCUGAGAAGCAGUUCGAGUUUUGCAGUGCCCUCGCUCUGACAGGAUGCAGCGGUAGAAAUCAAUGAUAAAGACUCACACGCUUGGAAUUCAGCCAAGUCGUGCCGUUCAGUGUUUCCCAUUAGUCAUUUGUCCUGGUCAUCCAAAACUGAUAUAUUCAUGAAACCAAACGUGGCUUGUUAACUUUGGGUUUGGAGAGUGCAAUCACAUUCAUAGCCAGCUGUGUCUGUAUCUGGGAUGGAUAUUGAAUAUAUCUUUCAGAUGAUCUUGGACUUGGUUUUAUUACAAUGAUUGCAUAUUUUCUUUUAGUAGAAGUCAUUCUUUUGAGAAUGGUAACCAAACUUGAUCCUUGUCUCUUAAAGGAAAAGUUCACUUAGACAUUUAAAUUCUGAGGAUAUUUACUCCGCCUCCCGUCAAUCUGAAAUCCUUUUGCGUAUUUGUAAAACAAAAUUUAAAAUGUAUAUAAAUAUUUGCACGGCUUUAUCCAUUCAAUUCAUACACCAAAAUAGCAGCAUGCGGGUUUUGAAAUGAUAUCAGAAUUUCGAUUUUUGGGUGAACUGUUCUUUAAAAUUAGCUCUUAUGUGCCUUUCUUUUUUAUUUAUUCAUUUAUUUAUGGAGGGAAAAGACGAUUUUAAUAGAAAUGAUCAAUUAAAUUUUAUAUAGGCUUACUGUUUGAUAUUUGAAGCUGUUUAUUGUUGUAGGCAAAUGUGAUGGAUUAACUCAAUUCUGCCCCCUGUUGGUGGAGCUUUGUAGUGCAAUCAUUUUUGUGUUGUGUUGUUGGGUAUUGCUUACAUUUUUGUAAGGAAGGUUUACAAACUGAUUCUGGACUUGGGGGUAUUUGAAUAAUUGCAAAGGGGAUUUAGACGUCCCUGUGUGUUUAUAAUGAUUGAAAGUGUUUGAUGCUGUUGUUGGUCAGACUAAAUGUGCUGUACAAAGCAGCAUAUAUACAGGAAGUACAGUAGUAUAGUGCACUAGUGUUGUGUAGUCACCAGCUUUACAGCUUCUCCUGCCAGAGUAGACAAUAUCUCAUGAUUUGGAAUUAAGUUUACUGCCCUGUUUUAUUCUCCCUUAAAAAGCUACACCAGUAUGCAUUUAUAUGCUGGUUUAUGUUAGCUCUGGUUUGUUGAUGGUCUAGCUGGAAAAUAGUAGCUGUGCUGUUCACCAGCUAAAAAAAGCUGGUCUUGUCUUCGGUUCUGAUUCACAUACUUAAUAGAUCAGAGCACAAAAAACUUGAGGUAACCCAAAACAUUAACUCAUUAAGGACCAAACCAAUAAUAAUGGAACAGAAUUAGUUUCUGUUCUAAUGGAAUAUUAAACAUUCAUAAUACACACACUCAA